AGAUUCAUGUUACCUACUCCCCCAGCUUGUGAAAAAGGAGCACCAAGCUGGUCAUCACUGAAACGCAAGUCAUGGCUCUAUCCAGAUUCUUUAGACUGUGCUCGAGAUAAUGUUCAUAAGUAUCAUUUGCUGAAAACUAACAAAGCAACUGAGCAUAAACCUUUGUUAUUGCCUAAUUGUCUCUCUAGUUCACAUGCUCCAUCUGUCAGGAUACUUACAAUGAAAACACUGAAUACCAUUGAAAAUCAAUUUCCACUUAUCUUGUAUAAUAAUGAAAUGUUACGAGAAAAAUGUCUAUCACCUAUAAAUAAACUGUCACAUUUGUCUGAAAGUACCAAAGUAAGAAAGAAUUCAACAUCACCAAACAACAUUCAAUUAUUGAAACCAGCUCUCAAUUAUUCAGCAAUACCAUGGGAAACUAUUAAUAAUAAUGUAAAUAAACUUCUUUCUUUAAAUAAAAUAAAAUCUAUUAUGAAAUUCAAUUCGAAAAUAGCGAAAAAUUCAAAACAGAAUGUAACAAAAUUGCAUUUGUUAAAAAGUCAUUUUUUAUCGAAUGAAUACCAGUUAUUGAAAAAUUCAAAUGUUCAUCAAUUUAACAACAGUAAUAGGCUUCUACAACUACCAUAUUUAUGUCAUGCUGUUGAAAAAAAACUUGACUAUAAUAAAACUGGUAAUGAAUUGUUUAAUAAUUCUUUAACUUCGAAAGAAACAUAUCUUUCAAAUCGAAAAAAACCUACAGACUGUAAACCAACAUCGCAUGAACAUACAUUACAAAUGUUAACUUAUCCAAUUCUAAGUGAACAACAAUAUAACAAUGAAGAUCAACCGACAUUAAAUGAUAUUUCAUGGGCUUUAGAAACCACAAAAGAAAAUAUUCAACCUCAAUCUGUUAACAAUGUGAAAGAUGAUUAUACAUCACAGUGUAAACUCAUUCCAUCUAAUGAAAAUGAGAAAAAAUCUUAUCAUGACUUUGGAGUUCAAUUUAAUUUUGUUGAUUAUGGUGAACCUAAAACUCAAAUUGGUUUCAAUGCAUUCACUAAUUAUGAGAAUACAGCAUGGCCUUCAGAUUGUGUUGAACAAUUAUUGUCCAAUGAUAUUGCACAUGUCACUAAACAAUUUCUAAGUAUACAUACAUCUGACCUGAUAGAUUGGAAUAAUGAAGAUAUGAAGUAUAUUGAACCAUGUAUUCCAUUACACAUAGACUCAUCCAAUCUUUGUGAACAUAACAAUUCUAAUAUAACAACUACAAAUGUUAAUUUACAAUCAAGAAAACAACCAAUGGAAAUGAAUAAUACGAUUAGUCCGUCCGAAAUUUCACAAAAUGAAGCCUUGCAUGUGUCAAAGUUGCAAAUACAAACUUUAACUACGGAAAAUAAACCGGAAUCAAUGGCUGAUCUAGUUACAGCGAAAAAGUUACAAUAUUCAAAUACUGUAAACCAGGAAAACGGGCAAUCAAUGAAUAAUGAAAUUAGAUCAUUAUUAUCAUGUAACAAACAAACAUCUAGUAAUUUCCCCUUAGAUGUGGUGAAAGCGUUAAGCGAGAUCGAUAAUCGUCUAAAUGUGAUCGAUCAAGUUUCAGUUCAACUAGAACAAGAUCAUAAACGUAACCAAGAGCUGCUUGAGACAAUUAUUCAGUUGAAUAAGGAGCAAAAGCAAAUUAAUUCAUCUAAUCAGUUGGAUAAACUAAAUGAAAGUGAGCUAAUUUCCCAACAGCAAAGUCUACAUGAUGAAUCAAAUUUUAAAAGUGAUCAAUUACGUAAUCAAAAACCACUUGAUAGCAAAAUUAAUCCUAAUGUCCAAAAUCAAACACAUAAUUGCACAACCAUAAAGCAACAAACUAAACCGCCUAAACCAAAUCAAAGAUCAAAUUCAUUCUCUGGUCAUUUUGCUGAUGAACGUGAAAAACUUAGGAAAGAAAGACGAGAAGUUUCAAUAACUCGUCGUUGUAAUGAAGCUAAACAGUUUGUCAAUGAAAUUUUAUCAGAGAAUAUUUUACCAGUACAGUCAUCACCAAGGUUAACUCAAUCAAACAUUACAAAACCUUCAAAUACUCCAAUAAGACGAGGUCGAAGUCAAACUCGCAAUCGUGGUACAUUGAGAGUUUCGAGUUCACGUAAUUUUUCAAAGAAUAACAUUACUUCGUCUAAUCCAAAGCCGCCUACUCCUGUUCGUUUUAAUAAUAAUGGCCGAAGUGGAGUUACAGCUAGAGGAAUGUGUAACGUUGUGGGAAAUAAAAAACAACAAACGAAAAUUGUGCAGAAACCAUCUGUAUUAACUGAUUUACAUCUUGAUGCGCCAAAACACUUACCUUCUGAGGAUGACUUACAGACAACAAUUUUAAGUGACUGGUCACUAGAAAGCAAUGUGAAAAGAAUACUCUAUGGAGAUGAAGACGAAAGAUUUCGCAGUCCAUCUAGGCAACAAAGCACUGGUGGAGUUUCUAACUUUGAUCAGGAGUCGCCAAUUCCACAAAGUCCACAUUCCAUGCCAGAAACUGAUCUAUUCACUGAAAUAGGUGGUGUGCCAAGCACUAGCUUCAUUGAUUGGGAUGAGAUCGAUGAACUGAUUGGAGAAUUAUGACACUGAAUACAUGUUUUGAAUUUUGUUAAUAUAACAUGUAUCUUUAUUAUUUGUCCUUCUGUAAAAAAAUAGUGC